AUGGCGGAGAGGUAUAUUCCAGAGCACCGACGUACACAAUUCAAGGCGAAGGCUGCAUUCAAGCCAGACGAACUGCGACGACGAAGAGAAGAACAGCAAGUCGAAAUCCGACGGCAAAAGAGAGAAGAAAACCUAGCAAAGAGGAGAGGAAUUCAGAGAGGUGAUGGCGCUGUCGAAGCUGCUUUCACUGGUGCGGACAGUGAUGACGAGGCGGGCAACAUUGAAGGCGAAUUGAGCGUUGAGCUGCCUGAAAUGGUGAAGGGUGUCUUCUCCGAUCAGAUCGAUUCUCAAAUUCAAGCCACAACCAAGUUCAGAAAACUCCUUAGCAAAGAACGAAAUCCUCCUAUCGAAAAGGUCAUUGAGACUGGCGUCGUUAGUCGGUUUGUCGAAUUCCUUCGGUCUCCUCACACCUUGGUGCAGUUUGAGGCCGCAUGGGCAUUGACAAACAUUGCUUCUGGUUCAGCACAACAAACACAGGUCGUUAUUGAGGCAGGUGCUGUUCCUAUCUUUGUUGAGCUUCUGAGCAGCCCCGAACCAGAUGUAAGAGAACAGGCUGUGUGGGCAUUGGGUAACAUCGCUGGUGACAGCCCAGCCUGCAGAGACUACGUAUUGGCUCAAGGUGCUCUGAAGCCACUACUUGCUUUGAUUGGAGACGGUCGAAAGCUGAGCAUGCUUCGAAAUGCCACCUGGACACUCAGCAAUUUCUGCCGUGGAAAAACUCCUCAGCCUGACUGGCCAACUAUUCAGCCUGCCUUGCCUGUACUCGCUAAGCUCGUUUACAUGCUUGACGACGAGGUUCUAAUCGAUGCCUGCUGGGCUAUCUCAUACCUAUCUGACGGUUCGAACGACAAGAUUCAAGCUGUGAUUGAGGCUGGUAUUCCACGAAGACUCGUCGAGCUGCUGAUGCACGCCUCCACCUCGGUUCAGACCCCAGCGCUACGAUCGGUCGGAAACAUUGUGACUGGUGAUGAUGUUCAGACUCAGGUCAUUAUCAACUGCGGCGCAUUGAAUGCACUUCUCUCGCUGCUGAGCUCACAAAAAGAUGGUAUUCGAAAAGAGGCUUGCUGGACAAUCUCAAACGUUACGGCAGGCAAUUCCACACAAAUUCAGUCGGUGGUAGAUGCUGGUAUCAUUCCACCUCUCAUCCAGUUGCUCUCGAAUGGAGAUUUCAAGACACGCAAGGAGGCCUGCUGGGCAAUUUCAAACGCAACCAGUGGGGGUUUACAGAAACCAGAACAGAUUCGCUACCUCGUCUCUCAAGGUUGCAUCAAGCCGCUAUGUGAUCUUCUUGCAUGUCCCGAUAAUAAGAUUAUUCAGGUCGCCCUUGAUGGAUUGGAGAACAUCCUCAAGGUUGGCGAAAUGGACAAGGAAGCUGCCAAUCCUGGUGCUCCAGACGCUAAUGUCAAUCGAUAUGCACUCUUCAUCGAAGAAGCUGGUGGUAUGGAGAAGAUUCAUGACUGCCAGAACAAUGCCAACGAGGAGAUCUAUAUGAAAGCUUACAACAUCAUCGAGAAAUACUUCUCUGAUGAAGAGGAUGCUGGUGCCGACAUUGAAGAGGUUGCCCCUACAGCCAACGCUCAGGGCUAUACUCUCAAUGCUCAACAACCACAAGGACAAUUCAACUUUGCCAACGGCAGUGACUCCAUGGAUAUGUAA